GCGGCAGGCUUGGGUAGGCGGCGGGGUCUGGGCGCCAUCCCGGCAGGAUGAGAGAAGUGGAGGAACUCCAGAUAAUUCUAAUACUGCAAUACUAAUCAAACUUAUUUUUUGCACUGGGAGGCUGAAUAUCCUUGCUCUCUUUGGAAACAUCAUCUGUAAGAAAUGCCAAAUGCUUUGUAAAACUUGCCCAGUAGACUGGAACAUGGAGACACAACUAGACCCCAUGAAGGAUGACUUGCCCUUAAUGGCUAACACUAGCUACAUGCUUGUAAAGCACUAUGUAUUGGACUUGGACAUGGAUUUUAAAAGUAAAGUUGUUGAAGGCAUCAUAGUUUUAUUCUUUGAGACUGGGAGUCAGUACAAGAAAACCAGCAGUACUGGCAAAGAAGGCUGCCAGUCCCACUUUGAUGAAACCUGUAAAAUAAGGGCAUCUGAACCCUGUCACACCCUUCUGGCAAGUGUGAGUGCCUGCUCAUCUAAAAUGGAAUAUAAUGAUUUAGCUGUCUGUGGUCAAGGUGAAGAAGAUCCCUUUGAUAAAAAUGGUAACCAUAGCAACAAGGAACAGGCUUCUGGGAUUUCUAGUUCAAAGGACUACUGUGAUACAGAGAAUCAUGGGAACAAGGAUUUUCUGCUGGUAUUAGACUGCUGUGAUUUGUCUGUGCUGAAGGUUGAGGAGGUAGAUGUUGCUGCUGUAUCAGGCAUUGAAAAAUUCACAAGCUCUGCCAAGCUAAAUGAUGUUUCAAAGGAUAUGGGAAAUACCAGGAAUCAAAUUGUACAUGAACUUGUGACUUUACCUGCAGAUUGCUGGAAGGAACAGCUAUGCUAUUUUACUCGCUGCAGCCAGGCACCUGGCUGUGGAGAGCUGCCAUUUACUACUGGCACUUGGAGCUUGGAGAUAAGGAAACCAGGAAUUCAGACUCCAGUAGACUUUCCUCAUGCAAUAAGAAUAUGGUACAAAACCAAACCAGAGGGGAGAUCUGUUACAUGGACUACAGACCAAAGUGGCAGGCCAUGUGUGUAUACCAUGGGAUCACCAAUAAACAACAGAGCCCUUUUCCCAUGCCAAGAACCACCAGUUGCCUUGUCAACGUGGCAAGCUUCAGUCCGAACAGCUGCAGGCUUUGUUGUGUUAAUGAGUGGUGAAAACUCAGCAGAACCAGUUCAGCUUCAAGAAGGUGUCUUAAGCUGGUACUACUAUGUGACUAUGCCAAUGCCAGCAUCCACCUUCACAAUUGCUGUGGGGUGCUGGCAGGAAGUUAAGCAGAAGUCUCAGCAGUCCUUCACAGCAGCUGUCCAGACAAACACUGAGUUUUCCUUGCCAUCUUCACAAGCUGGUUUCAGAUGGCAUGAAGAAAUCUGUAGUCAUGUGGAAUAUCCCUGCCGAUUCCAAAAUCCUGCUGCCAGGUUGGAAGCAGUCAUUCCUUACAGAGUUUUUGCUCCCUCAUGCCUCAUGGAGUGCUGUGAAGAACGUUUGCUCCAGCUAAUUCCUCAGUGUCUCUCCGCUGCUUACACCACACUGGGUACACACCCCUUUUCCAGGCUUGACGUUUUGAUAGUUCCUUCCAACUUUUCCAGCCUGGGGAUGGCUAGCCCACACAUCAUCUUCCUGUCGCAGAGUGUGUUACCAGGAGGGAGCCAUCUCUGUGGAACACGUCUGUGCCAUGAAAUUGCUCAUGCUUGGUUUGGAUUGGCUAUUGGUGCUCGUGAUUGGACUGAGGAGUGGAUAAGUGAAGGGUUUGCCACUUUUUUAGAAGAUAUAUUUUGGGCUAGGGCACAACAGCUGUCACAUGAUGAAGAAAAAGGGCAGCAGGAAUUGAAAGCUUUACUUCGCUGGCGAAGACUCAGAGAUGAGGUGCAGAAUUCUGAAGAAGAGCUUCAAGUUUUAAGGCCCAAAAAGGAGAGCACAGGAGAACUGAGUGAGUCUGGAGCAUCUAUUAUCAAAUAUGGUCUUAAAGCAGAAAAAGCCUUUAUGCAAGUUCACUAUUUGAAGGGUUAUUUCCUUUUGCGGUCUCUGUCAAGGACAAUGGGAGAGGCAUCAUACCUUACAUCUUUACGAAAAUUUGUCCAUAAGUUCCAUGGGCAGCUUGUCCUUUCUCAGGAUUUUCUUUGUAUGCUGUUGGAAGACAACCCUGAACAGAAAGAGUCUGGGCUAACUGUAGAAAGUAUCUUCCAGAAUUGGCUUGACACUUCAGGAAUACCAAAGCCUUUGCUGCAGGAGAGUGAGACCUGGAAGGACUGCCAGCUCGUCCAGCAAGUGAGCGGCGAGGUCACAAAAUGGGUUCAGACAAACCAGAGGAUCAGGAAAAGUGGCAGAAAGAAGAGAAGGCAGGAUGAAGUAAUUUUCCAAAAGCUUCUCCCUGACCAGCUAGUCUUACUUCUGGAGUCUCUCUUGGAGGAGAAGACGUUGUGUCCCAGAAUACUGCAGUGCUUAAAGAAAACAUACCAGAUCCAGAAGCAGGAUGCUGAGGUUCGUCAUCGAUGGUGUGAACUUGUUGUUAAAUACAAGUACGUUCCUGGGUAUGGAGAUGUUGCAAAAUUUCUCAGAGAGGAUCAGGCAAUGGGUGUGUAUCUCUAUGGUGAAUUAAUGGUGAAUGAAGAUGCAAAACAGCAAGAACUUGCACGUAAAUGCUUUGCUGCAGCACGAGACCAUAUGGAUGCAUCCUCAGCCAAAGUGGUGGCAGAGAUGUUAUUCUGAAGAGGAAAGAUCACAGAGAAACACUUUGAAUAUAUCUCCUACAAAACCCUGAUGGUACUAUGAUUUCACUGACCCAAGACAUCAAAGGAAGAAUUAUGUGACUGCUAAAACUAUCAGCUGACAGAAACAUUUACCUGUCAAUAUUUAUGUCUUCCAGAGGCUCACUGUAACUAAGAACAUGCACAAAAACACGUGCGCAAAAAUGCACGUGCACAAAACAAACCACACACACACACACACACACACACAGACACACACACACACAUACAUUACUGUGAUUCUACAUGGUUGUUUAAUACAAAAACUUUGGGGAUUAUCCUUGCUUUUUAGCAAUACAGCCAUAUCAGUUUGCAGAUGCCCAGGACUCUUGAUUUGAAUGACCUUAUGCACUUCAGUAAUAUAUUAAAACUGUAUUCUGUUCUUAAAAUUUUGUUUGUGACUUCUACACCAAAGUAAAACAAUAAAUUUAUAAAAUUAGUGGGAGAUAGAGUAGGGCUGGGAAUGUUAACUGGAAGCAGAAAUAACUUAUGAAAAGUGACCAUUCAGGUGAUGGUAUGGAGCUGAAGGAGAAACAAAGGUCAGCAUUCUUUCUCUUUCUGUCUUCUUUAGGUUAACUUCUACCAACGAUAUCCAACUUCCAUUUUCUGAAAAUGUCUCUGUACCCCUGUGCUGCUCCUGUCCAGUGAUGUAUCAAGUGUAGCCCUUCUUUCCUAGGAACAUACUGUUCCACUGACCAGAAGACACCUUAAUUAUUCCUUUCAGAGAGUAAGAAUUUGAAACACAAGAAAUUUGUUAACGUAUUUACUUUGUACGCUAUGUUUUUACCUGGAAUACUCUUGUAAAAAUAAAUUUUUUUCCUAGCA